AUGAAUCAAUUGAACAAGAAGACUGAUAAUACAAUAAGAUUUUCAAAAAGUAUUAAUGUAAACUAUGAUAAUGAAAAGGAAGCAUUGAAGACAUUCCUAAGAUACUUUAUGGAUGGACAAACACUCAAGUAUAUGGAGCAGAUACAUAACAGAGACAUUAAGGUAGAAAUUAGUGACAUUGUAAAUGAUGGUUAUGAAGAACUAGCAAACAAUAUACUUGAUAAUACAUGGUCAUAUUUAAAACUACUUUACAGUGUAAUAGAUGAGAUUAUGUAUGAUGAAGAAAUAAUCGACCAUAGUGAUGUUUUCAUUCAACAUAGAAUAUCGAGAUUUAAAGAGAAAUACCCAGAAGGAUCAGUGGCUAAUAAUCUAGGAUUUCUAAUAAGAAAUUACUCAUUAACAAUCAUUAAUGAUUAUAGACAGGAGUUAAGUUCAAUAAGAGAAUUGAAAGCAGAUAAAAUAGGUAAGUUUGUAACUAUAAGAGGAAUAGUUACAAAAAUAUCUAAAGUUCAACCAUCUAUAAAAGUAGCAACAUACAUUUGUGAGUUUUGUGGUACAGAAACAUAUCAAGAGAUAACAGGUGAUAUUUUUGAUAUUUUAGAAGAAUGUAACAGUGAAAAAUGUAUUAGACGAAAAGUAAAAGGAGCACUUUGUUUGAUAUCAAGAGGAUCUAAAUUUAGUAAAUAUCAAUCAUUACAAGUACAAGAAAUUAGUAGUGAUGUACCGCAUGGAUCAAUACCAAGAACUAUAAACAUUGAGAGUUUUAAUUGUGAAACUGAUUGUAGACCAGGCGAUUUAAUCAACAUAUCAGGUAUUUCUAUGCCUAAAAUGUUCUAUGGAUUAAAAAAGCUUAAAUUAGGACUAUUAAAUGAUAAUUACUUAUUAUUACUUAACUUUCAAAGUAUAAAGACAGAUAAUGUUAUUCAGAACAACAUGAUAACAGAUUGUAUAUUAACAGGUAAUGAAGCCUUAAAACAGUUUGCACCUGAGAUUUAUGGAAUGAAUGAUAUUAAGAAGAUAUUACUAUUGAUGUUAAUAUCAUCACCUAAUUUAAUACGAGAGGAUGGAAUAAAAAUAAGAGGCAAUAUUAAUGUAAUGUUAAUAGGAGAACCAGGAGUAGCUAAAUCACAAAUGUUAAAGUUUGUAAGUAGAAUAUCAGAAAGAUCAGUGUAUACAACAGGAAGAGGUGCCUCAGGAGUAGGUUUAACAGUCUCAGUAACAAAAGAUCCAUUAACAAAAGAAAUUUUAUUAGAAGGAGGAGCUUUAGUUUUGGCAGAUAAUGGAAUUUGUUGUAUAGAUGAAUUAGAUAAAAUGAAUGAAGUAGAUAGAAUAUCAAUUCAUGAGGUAAUGGAACAACAAACCAUAACAAUUAGUAAAGCAGGUAUUAAUACAACACUAAAUGCAAGAUGUUCAAUAUUAGCAGCAGCUAAUCCAAUUAAAAAUAAGUAUGAUCAUAAGAAACCAAUGGAAUCAAAUAUUAAUCUACCAAUAUCACUUUUAUCAAGAUUUGAUAUAAUUUUCAUAAUAAAAGAUAAUCAUAAUAAUCAUACAAAUUUAGCUGCACAUAUCACUAACCUACAUAAGUCAGUAGAGAAUGAUUCACAAUCAGUUAAUAAUAAUGAGUUAUUGAGAUCUUUUAUAAAGAAAGUAAGAAAAAUCAAUCCUCAAUUGAAUAGAAAACUUAAAGAAAAGAUAGUUAAUAAUUAUAUUAAGAUAAGAAACAAUAGAAAUAUUACACCAAGAUUUAUUCUAUCAAUAAUAAGAUUAUCAAUAGCAAAUGCUAGAUUUAGGGUUAGUGAGGAAGUAACAGAAGAAGAUGUUAAUGAAGCAUUUAGAUUAUUAACACUUUCAUUUAAUGAAACUGAUAAUAUUAAGAAUGUAAAACACUCAAUUUACAACUUUAUAAUAAGUAAAGCAAUUAAUAACAAAAUUGAUUUAAAUCAUUUGUAUUCAGAUUCACCAUUUGAUAAAGAAAAAUUAGAUAGUUGUAUUAAUGAUUUUUGUAAUACUGGUUUGUGGGUGAUUAAUGAAGAUUCAAUAGAAAUUUUAUGA